GUCAGGAAAAGCCUGUGAGACUUAACCGGCCUCAACAUGGAAUAAACAACAUGGCUCAUAAGAAGAGCAUUUUUAUUGAAGCUCUUGAUAGAUCAGAGGCCAGCAGAGAUGGAGGAUACAAACAGAACUGGAGUUUUUCCCUUUCCGAUGACAGUGAAGAGGAGAAGAGAAGCGAAGCUUCCUUGGUGACCAUGGAUCAAGUGGGUGGGCGGCAAGAACUUUCCCCUGAAGGGAUUAAGCAGGCACCACCUUUGAGGCAUUUCAGACCCUUGGAGCCUGUGAAGACCUACGAAAGACGGUCAAAUCAUUUGAAGUCUUUGAACAGAGUGGGAACAGGCAAACCCAGUGAAGCCCCCCACCAGAUGGCUGUUUCGCCACUUCCCAACAAAACUAAUUUUUUAAUAAUGAGUUCAACACCACCUCAAGGAGUGGUAGUUCAAGGGAGACUGUUUCAGCACACUCAUCUUAAUUCUUCUGUUAAAAAGCCAGUCCAAAGCAACCUUGACUUUAAGGAGAGAUCUGACUUCAACACCCAAAGAGUAGAUGUGGACAAAAUUAUUCUAACCUGUCCAGAAAUCGCAGACACUGAGGAGCUAAAUGUGAAAAGAUUAUCUCACUCGAAAAGGCGGGCAUUGUUCGAGGGUGUGGGUACGGCUCCUUCUGCUGGCACAGACGAGUCAAUAAAGCCGGAAGAGUAUCUGACCGUGUGCAGAAAUUGUGGUGCACAAAGUGAAGACCACACGAGGUGCAAAAGUUGCAGUCACCCUUUCUCCUCUGAAGUUCCCCUGCUGCCUGCUGUUGCUUCCUCCCCUGCCCCUCGAGUGCCUCUGCUCAGCAAGAGUUUCUAUGGCGCGUCCUCCGGGGCCCGCUCCAUCCACAUUGACACAGUCAAGACCCCUCCAGCACUCAUUACCCGGGGUACCCUGCUGCUCCCCCACAACGGUGCCAAUCUUACCAAGGGCAAGAGACAGCCAGUGGCCAAGCAGAACGAACUCAACGACCCAAUUGUGCUGUCCAGUGACGAAGAUGACGAGGCGGACAGUUCCAGUACGGGCAGUGUGAACCGACUGGAUAGCGUCUCUCCGAGGCCUGCCGACUCGGCUCACUCCUCUCCGAGGCCUGCCGACUCGGCUCACUCCUCUCCGGCGCCUUCCGGUGGCAGAGUGGAAGCAGCUGUUAAAGGAGUCGGAGAAAAUGAGGAGCAAACGUGUGAAUUCUUUAUCGAUAUGGACCCCAGGAACACUGUGCCCAGGAGAAAUCGCACGAAAGAUCAAGUUGGAAAUGCAAUCGGUGAUGACCCCUCUCCAUCCAAGAAGCGUAAAGUGAGCCCACUGCAGGUGGAGAGCAUGAUCAUGCAGUGCAGGAGUGUACGGAUAGGAACGUUGCGCAGGAUGGUCACCAAACCUGUCAUUUUCACUAUAGAUUACAUACAGCUUGAGACGGAAGGUCAGGAAAUAGACGUGCUGGAGAAUGUACGCCUCAAGUCAUCUGAGCUGACAAGUUGUGAGUGGUGCAGCGUGAGAAAACUGCCAGUCAUCUUCUUCCAGACUAGUGCAAAUGAGUGCCAGCGUCUGCGUUCCCAGCUCCAAAUGUCCCAGGAGAAUGGUGUGUGGUACGACUGUGCUGUGGAAAACCUGGAUGAGAAAUACAUAGUGCUGAUUUUCGAGACCGGUCCCUCGAUGAAAGAGCAGAUGAUGUUAGAAGACAUCCUGGUUGAGAUAGGCAAAAACAACAAGCUUUUGAACUUUCCUGCAAGACUGACCUUCGAUGACGCAAACGUUAGACUGGUUCAAUAUAACAAAGCAUCGAAGGAGAAGGAGAUGAAAGCCAAGUCUCUUUCAUUACCUCCAUCAUCAGCAAUGAGUUCGACGACAGUAACUGCCCCAGGCACCACAGCAACAGCAGCAGACACUGCUGCAACAGCAACCACCGUGUCAGCAUCCCCGGUAGCCUCAACAGAGACCAUGGUACGAACGCGAUCAUCCACUCAGCGCUGUGCAUUCUUUGAUGAUGAGGAAGAGGAAGAUAUGUCAGCUCUCCAGCCUACUUUUACAGGCCCCAUCAUCAAGUUAAUAGUCUAUCCUCCUCCGCCAGCUAAAGGUGGAAUUUCUGUCACCAACGAAGACCUGCACUGUCUUAAUGAUGGCGAGUUUCUGAAUGAUGUCAUCAUCGACUUUUACUUAAAGUAUCUGUUUAUGGAGAAGUUAAAAAAAGAGGAUGCACAGAAAAGUCACGUUUUCAGCUCUUUCUUCUACAAGAGACUUAACCAGAGAGAACGGAGAAAUGCACCAGACACAUCUAACUUACCGAUACCGAAGAGGAAGCACAACCGGGUCAAAACAUGGACGCGGCACGUUGACCUCUUUCAGAAGGACUUCAUCUUUGUGCCCAUCAAUGAGUCAGCACACUGGUAUCUUGCAGUGAUCUGUUUCCCUGGUCUAGAGGGACCUCACCACAAACCAAAUCCUCUAUAUCAGCCCCAGUCCCAAUCCGAGACCCAGACUUCAUCCUUGUCUAAACCAGGCAGCGCCGGUCUAUGCAAAGAAGACGUAGCGGAGCCAUCGCCACACACGGAACCCAUCUCCUUUAGCCCAGAUGAUGAAAACAGUGAAGGAGAUGGGCUCGGUGAACAAGGGAGCCAGUCGAGCAUGCCUCCCGCUCCACGCAGACAUCCCGAGCACGUUAGCACCCACUGCCACAGGGUUAACGGACAGGUCAAAGGACAUUCGCAUUACAUAGAUGGUUUGCACAGAAUUGGCGUCUGCUACAGCAAUGAAGAACCUGGUACCUUCUCUGAUGACCAAAGCUCAUCUCAUGACGAGUGCAGUGAAGACGGAGCACUGGCAGAGGAAGCUGGUGCCUCAGAGGGCAUGGAGUGGACGUCCAAGCCUACAAUAUGUAAACAACCUUGUAUUCUCAUCAUGGACUCGUUACGAGGCCCUGCCAGAUCAACGGUGGUGAAGACACUGCGAGAAUAUCUGGAAGUGGAAUGGGAGGUAAAGAAAGGCACUAAGAGAAGCUUUGGGAAGGACGUUGUGAAGGGCUCCAGUCCACGUGUGCCCCAACAAGACAACUUUAGCGACUGUGGCGUCUACGUGUUGCAAUAUGUCGAGAGCUUUUUUGAGAAUCCACUACCAAGCUUCCACCUGCCCAUGAAUUUAUUAGACUGGUUUCCCCAGCAGAGAAUGAAAACUAAACGUGAUGAGAUUAAGGAUCUUAUUCUCAAACUCCAGUCUCAACAGCAGUCGGACCGGACAAGCUCCGGGCAGGACCAGGACAUGGAAGACUCCAGUGAAGACCUGGACGUUGGAGAUGCAGUACAGUCCGCUGACCUCAUCCCGCCAAUAAGCUCGUGAGCUCCAACGUGCUGCUAUAGCUAUUAAAAUAACACGGUCAUGUUGGCCCUGCCCCAACGGCACUGACAGCCAAUCAGGACCUCUUCAAGAAUGUUCGCUGCUGGAAGACUUUUCCGUUACAAAAACAGUUUUUUUGGUUUGUUUUACCUGUUUGUUAAUAAAAAAGCAGGAAGACUUGAUUUGUAUUAAAGAAACGUGUACAUACGCUGGAUGGAUUUUUGUUCUCGAUCUUGCUGCCUUUUUUCAGUGACUUCAUUAUCCCACAGCUCACUGUUGCUCCACCCAUAGGGUUAAAAGUGUUCAUUCAUUCAUGUGCUGGAUUCCUGAAGGGCAUGAAUGACCUCGGCCGCUCCGUAAGACUGCUUGACCUCCCAUUUUGUCUGUACUUUGACUCUCUUUACUGUAGCGAUCAGUUCUCUGUUGUUUGUAGACAAAGUAUCAGAAACCCUCGGAAGAUUUUUUUAAAUAGCCUUCUCACAUCUCUCAUGGCAUAAUGUUGCUAGUCAGUGCCUGUUAAAGCUUUAUAAGAUGUGACCACAUGUAAGUGGACUUCAUUUUCAAUAUUAAAGUAUUUGAAAAGAAA